GGUGUGCUUAUCAAUGCACAAGCGAUUCCCUAACCGUUUAGCUAGCUAGCAAGUUAAGCAGUUGGCUAGCUGGCAUACGGGGUAACGUUAGUUACAGCGUGGCGAGGGUGAAUUACAUGAUUUCUUAAACAUCUUGCUAGUUGUAGCCAAAGGACUUUCUACAAUUUCAAAAUUAGCGAAGCUAGCAGCACAGUCACAUUGGCUAGCUAGCAAGACGUUAAUAUUCUGGAGGCAGUGGAAACGCAAUUCGAGCUAGCCCACCAAGACCAGCCCAACCCGGGUUGACUUCAAAGUGCCAGGCUGUAGAUACGGCUGUUUUAUUUUAUUUUAUUCGAACAGAGGUACGCUACAACAGGUCUUGCUCUUGGUUUACGCCAUUUAUGUUGAGAAAAGACCAUACCACACACGCCUUAGACAGGAUAUAGAAUUCCCAGAUUUUGCCCAACCCGGAAACGAGAGAAAGUCCUACUAAGGCAGGAGGCAGGACAGAUGAGUUAUAAGUUCAGAACGAGAAAGUGAAGGCUGUAUAGAAAUAAUGACUUUAUUUUUAUUUUUUAUAAUUAAAUUAAACAAUAAAGAUUUAUAUCAGCCUAAUCGAGGUGUAAAUUACAUCAUGCACGCCAGUGUUUGAACUUGCAAUACGGUUGCAUGGGAUUUCUAUAAAUGCAAAUCUGCACAUCCAACGGCAAUAUCCGCUAUAGGUAUAACAUGGGGAGCCGCUUGUUGAUUUGACAGCUGCAACGCAGUUACACCUCUGACAAGCGUUACACAUAAACAAAAGCGAGGUUACCGCUGAUCCAAUUCAAUCCUGGCUUGAAUGGCGACGAGGGUUCAGUGCUCUAAAAUGAGUCUCUCAGGGGAACUUGACACAGAAGCUAAGAGUGGAUGGUCUACUCUGCCAGAGGAUCGGUCCAAGUGUGCUGUGUGUGAACAGGUGCUGAGGGAUCCAGUCUCUAUCACCUGUGGACACAGGUUCUGCAGACAGUGCAUCACCAGAUACUGGGAGCAGCCUGCCCUUUCAGGGCAGUAUGACUGUCCUCAGUGUAGGAAGCGGUCCAGAACACGUCCAGUUCUACUGCCACUGAUUGAACCCACUGAUGACGCAAGGGGCUCUGAAAACAUGGAUGUCAGCCUGCAGAGAGCCAUAGUAAACCACAAAGCCAGUCUGAAAAGGAGGUAUGAAUGCGUGAUAGAAGGCAUGUUAAAAGCAGGGGGUCAAACCCCACUCAACGGGAUUUCCACAGAGCUCUACAUCACAGAGGGAGAGAGAGAAGGGGUUAACAAUGAACAUGAGGUGUGGCAGGCAGACCCAGCAUCCAGGACGCCAACCUCCCGUGACGCAGCAAUCCACUGCAAUGACAUCUUUAAACCCUUACCAGGCCAAGAGAGAAGCAUCAGAACUGUGCUGACGAAGGGCAUCGCUGGCAUCGGAAAAACCGUGUCUGUGCAGAAGUUCAUCCUAGACUGGGCUGAAGGGAAGGCGAACCAAGAUGUGGAUAUCAUAUUUGUGCUUCCUUUCCGGGAGCUGAACUUGAUCAAAGAUCGCCAGUACACUCUUCUCAGACUUCUCGGUGACUUCCACCCAGAACUAGACAUAGGCAAUGCAAAGAAACUCACUGCCUGUAAAGCUAUGUUCAUCUUGGACGGUUUGGAUGAAAGCAGAAUUCCAUUGGAUUUUCAGCGCAACGAAAUGGUGUCUGAUGUCACACAGACGUCGUCUGUAGAUGUUCUGCUGACAAACCUCAUCCAGGGGAAUCUGCUUCCCUCUGCUCUCCUCUGGGUAACCUCCAGACCAGCAGCAACCAAUCAGAUCCCCCCUGAGUGUGUUGACCAGGUGACAGAGGCGCGAGGGUUCAACGACCCACAGAGGGAGGAGUACUUCAGGAAGAGAUUCAGUGACGAUGAGGACCUGGCCAACAGAAUAAUCUCCCACAUAAAGACGUCAAGGAGCCUCCACGUCAUGUGUCACAUGCCAGUCUUCUGUUGGAUUUCUGCAAUAGUCCUUGAACACAUGUUGAGUACAGACAAGAGAAGGGAGAUGCCCAAGACUCUGACUGAGACGUUCACACACUUCGUGCUCAUUCACACCAGCCUGAAGAACCAGAAGUAUCAUGGAAGAGAUGAGAUGGAUCAACAGGAGCUCAUGGAGUCAGAUAAGGAAGUUCUUCUGAAGCUGGGGAAGCUGGCGUUUGAACAUCUGGAAAAGGGCAAUCUCCUUUUCUAUGAAGAAGACCUGAAUGAGUGUGGCAUUGAUGUCAAAGAAGCCUCCGUGUACUCAGGAGUGUGCACACAAGUCUUUAAAGAAGAGUCUGUGUUAUUUCAGAGAGUGGUGUACUGCUUUGUUCAUCUGAGCGUUCAGGAGUUUCUCUCUGCUGUCUACGUGUACCACUGUUACUCAACCGAGAACAUGGAUGCACUGAAGCCCUUCCUCCUGGCGGCUAGGGACCCGUCUGAAGAGCUAACCUUGCGUGAGCUGCUGAAGAGUACAGUGAAUAAAGCCUUGGAGAGCAAGAACGGACACCUGGACCUUAUUGUCCGCUUCCUUCAUGGCAUGUCACUGGAGUCCAAUCAGAAACUCCUACGAGGUCUGGUGACACCGACCGAAAGCAGUCCAGAGAGCGUCCAGAAAAUAACCCGAUCCCUGAAGGGGAUGCAGAGUAACAGCAUAUCCCCUGAGAGGUGCGUCAAUCUCUUCCACUGUCUGAUAGAGAUGAAAACCCAUUCAGUACAGCAGGAAAUCCAAAAAUACUUGAGGUCAGAGAAAAGAUCCAAAAACCUCGCGCUCACAUACUGUUCAGCGCUGGCCUACAUGCUACAGAUAUCAGAGGAGGUUCUGGAGGUGUUUGACCUGAAGCAAUACAAGACAUCACAGGAGGGUCGUAGGAGACUGCUUCCAGCUGUGAGAGUCUGCAGAAAGGCUCUACUUGCUGGCUGUCAACUCAUCGAUGCAUCUUGUGAGCUGUUGGUCUCUGCUCUCAGCUCAAACCCCUCACAUCUGAGAGAGCUGGACGUGAGCAACAAUGACCUGACGGAUUCAGGAGUGAAGCGGCUCUCUGCUGGACUGGGGAAUCCCCACUGUAAACUGGAGACUCUGAAGCUAUCAUGCUGUGGAGUCACAGAAGAAGGCUGUACUGCCCUGGUCUCAGCUCUGAGGUCAAACCCCUACCACCUGAGAGCGCUGGACCUGAGUGACAAUCACCUAGGAGACUCAAUAGCGCAACAUGUCUCUCUUGGAUUAGAAGGUUCAAUCGGGAGACUGGAGAUCCUAAGUGUCUCUGGCUGUAAACUCACAGAAGCGUCUUGUGAAGUGUUGUCCUCAGCUCUCAGUUCCUCCUCACACCUGAGAGAGCUGGAUCUGAGUAACAAUGACCUGCUGGAUUCAGGAGUGAAGCUGCUCUCUGCUGGACUGGGGAAUUCACAAUGUAAACUGGAGAUUCUGAGUGUCUCCGGCUGUAAACUCACAGAAGCGUCGUGUGAAGUGUUGUCCUCAGCUCUCAGUUCCUCCUCACACCUGAGAGAGCUGGAUCUGAGUAACAAUGACCUGCUGGAUUCAGGAGUGAAGCUGCUCUCUGCUGGACUGGGGAAUUCACAAUGUAAACUGGAGAUUCUGAGUGUCUCCGGCUGUAAACUCACAGAAGCGUCUUGUGAAGUGUUGGCCUCAGCUCUCAGUUCCUCCUCACACCUGAGAGAGCUGGAUCUGAGUAACAAUGACCUGCUGGAUUCAGGAGUGAAGCUGCUCUCUGCUGGACUGGGGAAUUCACAAUGUAAACUGGAGAUUCUGAGGUUGGCGUUCUGUGAAAUCACAGAGGAAGGCUGUGCUUCUCUGGCCUCAGCUCUGAAGUCAAACCCUUCACACCUGAGAGAGCUGGACCUGAGCUACAAUCACCCAGGAGACUCGGGACUCAGACUGCUCUCCGCUGGACUGGAGGAUCCACACUUCAGACUGGAGAAACUCAAUGUGGAACAUGGUGGAGAGUACACAAUAAAACAUGGGCUUGGAAAAUAUGCCUGUGAUCUCACCCUGGACCCAAACACAGCACACAGAAACCUCUCUCUGUCUGAGGAGAACAGAAAGGUGACAUGGACGAGCGAGGAGCAGCCCUAUCCUGAUCACCCGGAGAGAUUUCAGGGUUUCGACCAGGUGCUGUGUAGAGAGGGUCUGUCUGGGCUCUGUUACUGGGAGGUAGAGUGGAGUGGGAGAGGGGGUCAUAUAGGAGUUGCAUAUAAAGGAAUCGGUAGGUCAGGAAGGGGUGAUGACAGUGGGUUUGGACCCAAUGACAAAGUCUGGUGUCUGGUCUGUGGUGACGGCUUUUACUCUACCUGGCACAAUAAAAAACUCAUUAGCAUACCUGCCCCCUCCUCCUCCCCCUCCAACAGAGUAGGACUGUUUCUGGACUGGCCAGCCGGCACUGUGUCUUUCUACAAAGUCUGUUCUGAUACGCUGACUCACCUGUACACGUUCUACACCACAUUUACUGAGCCCCUCUACCCAGGGUUUUUUGUUUGGUGUUACUCCUCUGUGUCCCUGUGUCAGCUGGUCCCUGGUCCUGUUCAGGAGUAGGACCUGCCGUAUCGCAUCGCGUCCUGCCAUGUACCACACCUCCUGGGCCUUAUUGCUUAAUUAUAAAACGGGGAUCUGGGAAAUCUGCAAUUUGACUGGUUUAAAUGGUGUGUCAAGCCGUUGACAAUUCCCCUAUACCCACACAUCAUUUGGAAGUAGUGUCAGUUGUAAUGUAGAUAUUUAGUAUUGAUUCUAGAUGGUAUAUUGGCCAUACAAUCCUGUCUUGGCCAUAUACCACAAACCCUGAGGUGCCUUAAUGCUAUUAUAAACAG